CUUAGCUACGUACAUUCGGAUAUAUUUGGUACCUAGACCGGUAUAUGUGAUCGCGUCGGAGCUUGGAGUUGAACGAACAAUAGUUUAUCUCAGUCAUUUCUAUCGUCUUAAUUGAGCUCGUCAGUUGUGAAUCAUAUAUUCAGAACAGGAAAUAUAUAUAUAUAUAUAUAUAGGCCUGUGCGCUUAGCGAAAAUUCGCAUAUAUGUGCCUAAUCGCGUGAAGGAUUUCCAGUGCUUCUAAAAUUUUACACAGAAUAUUUACAAUAUCGUGAAGACGAAUAUGGCUAUUUCAGAGGAUUUGAAUCUUAGCGCUCUUCAGGCGGAUGCGGACCCUGAAUAUCGCUUCUACACUCUGCGCUGCUUAAAGAAUGACCUAAUCGGCUCAGACCAGAAAAAGGUGCAGUAUAUACCCGCGAUACCCCAGUUGCUGUCAGUUCUAAGAUACACAGAGGAUAAACCGGAAUGUUAUGUUCAGGCUAUUACCGCCUUAGGCAGCUUUGCAUAUGGAAACGAGACCACCAGAGAUGCGCUAGUGGAUGUGUGUAGAGAUGUGGUUAAUGUGCUAAUGUUCAUGCUCAAGCAUGAUGAUUAUAGGGUUGUGGAAGCCGCUGCACGCACCCUUAAGAUAUUAUAUUGGUCUGGUAUACCGAGGCAAAGCUCCGAGCAAAGCUAUACAGGUGUUAUAUCGGGUAAGCUGACAAACACAGGUACAGACCCCCAGUACAAGUCGAAUCACUCUAGUCUGGGACCGAACAAAAAGAGAAGCGAUAACUCACCCUCGGCAGCAGAUAGUAACGAUACGCUUAUGGAUUCGGACACACUUGAGUUGCUUAUCAGAUUAACGUCACACCCGUACGGAAGCAUAGCAGAGAGUGCGGCUGUGAUCCUCUCAAAGUGUUGCAACACUAUGAAAGAACAGGAAGCCGUAGCUGCAGCCGGGGGUCUAGAUGGAUUGGUGUGUUUGCUGGAUAGUAAGUCACCCAAGACGGUGGAUGCUGCGCUCGAGGCUCUAGCUGCGAUUACGCAUAAUAGAUUUUUGCUAUGCCAAAGAUUACUUAGGGCGAGUAAGGGAAUUGAUAAGAAGUUGAUGCGGCUGCUGCGUGAGGAUAGGAACAGUCUACGUCUGCUAUCGGCCACUUGUUUGGUGAACCUGGACAGAAUGAACACCGUCCCCCAGGUGU